AUGAAAAGCAAAUCGAACAUUACCGUUAUAAUUAUAAGAAAGGAAAAAUUGGAAUAGGCUCAUAUGCUACUGUUUUCAAAGGAGUUGAUACCCGAUCAAAGCAGAUCUUCAAAGUGCAGGUUCUAUCUUAUAUUUAUUGGCUUAGAUGAUGAAGAACAUUUAUUGAAUGAGAUUAACAUGCUUAAGCGAAUAAAAAAUCCAAAUAUAAUAGAAAUACUUGAUGUUCUUUAAACCAAAGAUCAUUAUUAUAUAAUAUUAGAAUAUUGCAAUCUCGGUGAUUUAGAUUCUCUACUUAGAUAGAAGAACAUCAUCAAAUUAGAUGAUCAUAUAAUCUUCCUGUAGGAUAUCUUGAAUGCCUUUACAACAUUAAUCAGAUAAGGUAUAGCGCAUAGAGAUCUUAAACCAGCAAAUGUUUUGGUUCAUUAGGAAGGAAAAAGAAAGAUCUUUAAAUUAGCUGAUUUCGGUUAUGCUAAGACUGUAUUCAAUUACAAAGCGUAAAUAUUAAAGAGUAAUUUGGGGACACCUGCAUACAUGAGUCCUUAAUUACUUAAAGAAGAAUAAUACACAACAAAAAGCGACAUUUGGAGUUUUGGGAUAAUUUUAUAUUAAAUUAUAUUCAAUACUCUCCCUUGGGUAGGAAAGUCAGAAGGUGAUUUAGUUUAAAAGAUACUAAGUGUUCCAAUAGCAUUUCCUUAAUAUCCAAAAAUCUCGACAGUUUGCCAAGAUUUAAUUAUUAAUUGUUUAUAAGCUAAUGAAGAUAAGAGAAUAAAUUGGGAUGAUUUAUUUAGACACCCUUAUGUAUGUAGUUAUUUCGGAAAAGUGGAUAUAUAAUAGAAUAGUGGAUUAAAAAAGGUUUUUAUAUUGUCUCAGAGUAUAAGAGACAAAAUUGGAUCAGAAGAAUAGAUGGACGAAUUGUUAAAGAAUUUAAAUAUCUAAGAAUAGUUAUGUUAAUUGAAUGCUGAAGAGUUCCAAAACCUUAUAAAAUAAACAAAUUAAAGUGAAAGUCUCAGUACUGAUGAUAUUCAGUGUCUAUUUUAAGAGUUUUAGAUUGAUGGAAAAGUAAAUUAUAAGGAAUUUAAAACUUGUGUCUUUUACAAUCAUCCUAAAAGAGUGAAGAUAGUUAGACAUUUGUCAAAUUCAAAUAUUAAAAUUCUGUCUAAAUUAGCCAUAGCAUUAAAAUAAUAUAAUAUGAAAGAUCUAUUCGAAUAAUUUGCUACAACUAAAAAGGAUACAUUAGAGAGACAUCAAUUUUCAAAAAUGAUUAAAAUGUUUGCAAAUACAAAUUCAUUGACCAAUCAAAAUAUUAAAGAAAUAAUCGAUUUCUUUGAUGAUAAUGGAGAUGGAAUGAUUCAAUUUUCAGAAUUCAAUAAUGUCAUGAGAUAUGUGCAAUAAAUUGAGAGAAAUAGUGAUAAUAGAUUGGAUACAAUAACGGAAUUGGAUGAAAUAUCAUUUAUUCAGGAAAUUGAAAAUAAUGGAAACAUCAAUCAAAAUUUUGGAAGUAGAUCAGAUUAAAAGAUCAGUAUAUGCGAAUGUUUUAUUUUUUGA